CUUUAGCUUUAUCCAUAUAAUACUAAUUAUGUUGGCAGUGGAACAGAAGGACUGGAUGUUUGGCGCGAUCAAUUGCGAUGAACGGAAACUGACUCACAUGUUGAAUGAGAACCCCAAUUUGGCCACCUGGCAGAGCUAUCUUGAUGGGACGGCGUUACAUUUUGCGGCCAAAUUCGGAAACUGCGCACUCGUCCGUAUUUUGGUCGGAAACCAUCAAGCUGAUGUGAACAAGCGGAAUUUUGCGGGUUUGACCCCGUUGCACAUGGCCGCUGCAAAUGCCCAGAGGGAUGCCAUCAUAUUGCUAACCUCAACUUAUGGAGCAAGUAUCGGCCUGCGAGAUCACAGUGGUCGACUCCCCGGGGAAUAUCUACCCCCAACCAAAGCCGGGAUGGAAUUGAAAAAAUUUUUCAUGGAUGGAACCUCACUAUUGUUAACGAGGAGCACUGGAAAAAAACUGUUCGAGUUGCUUUUGCCAAGGAGCUCUCCUAAUGGACCACCGGAUGAGCGAAGGUCGCGAUCUCGAUCACCAGUCGUCCGUGAGGUGCGAAAUUCGAGUCUCCCUAGUCCCAACGCACCUACAAGCGCGCAAUUCCCCUGGCAUCAUGAUCAUCGGGAGUCGAUGGACGCCUCUCACUCGAGCCGAGACAGCUCAUUGACUCGCCUCACCCAAUGUGUUCAUCCAUCUCGCUCACGAGACAGAUCGAAAGAGAAACCCAAGAAACUGGUUCCGCAUACAGUGAGCACGAUAGCUGCACUGGCGGGCGCCAGUCUGCGUCAUCGGCAGUCCGCUGGCAAAGCAAGGUCGACGCACGCAACAGUGUCAGGUGCGAUCCUGGCAGAGGAUAUCUAUGCCAGCGUUCGAAUGAAGAAGGAGUUCACGCGAGUGAAAUAUAGUCCGCUUAAUACGGAACAGAAACAGACUGGGAAUUCAGACAAUUCCAAUAGAAGCCCUAUCUCCAAACGCUCGAUGGCUGCAGGACGACGCCAUCAGCAACUUCCAUCAUUCGGAUCCAGUUUGCUGAAUGGAAGUGAUUCCUCAUCGUCAAACCAGCUGGUAGCGGACGACAGAAACUCUAGUGUGUCACUAAACGACGCGCAAAGCGAGUCUUCGGGUUCGAAAACUCCUACAAAUGCACCAUAACCCCCCCCCCGUCGCAGAUAAGCGCUCAUUAAUUUUUGUGCAUAACUACUGCGCCGCCAAACGCCACUGUUUAACACACUGUGAUCAUGAAAUAAAUUUUUUAUUGACUUUUAUCAACAUGCUGGAAUAGACGUUCCAGGAAUAAUAAUCAUCUUUUAGUUC